UUGGCCGUCUCUUCCGCUGCCGGGGCUCCUUUUGAACACGCAGCUCCGCUCGCUAUUGGUCGGACGCGUGUCUGGGGCGUUCCACCGAGGCCGUCCCGGUUGUGUCCGGGUAAGAUGGCGUUGGAAGAGCAGUGCUCGGCACCACCUCAAUGGCGGGCCAUAUCAGUGACACACGUAGAGUUCCCCGAGGGUGAUCUGACGGGACAGCUGCUGGCCUACAUUAGUCUCCUACCCAUCGCCGUUUUUGUGGGUUUUGUCACACUCAUAAUGUUUAAACGGGAGCUCCACACGAUUUCCUUCUUCGGAGGGCUCCUCCUGAACGAAGGAGUGAACUGGGUGCUGAAGCACAUUCUCAGAGAGCCGCGCCCUUGUGCAGGAGCUCACACAACCACGCACACAGAAUAUGGGAUGCCCUCCAACCAUUCCCAGCUCAUCUGGUUCUUUGUUGUUUACUUCUUUCUUUUCCUUUAUUUAAGAAUGCAUCAAACAAACAAUGCGCGGUGUGUGGACCUGCUGUGGAGACAUAUACUGUCCAUCAUGCUGUUGGGCAUGGCCAUGUCAGUGUCCUACAGCCGGGUGUAUCUGUUGUACCACACCUGGAGCCAGGUGUUCUACGGGGCAGUGGCAGGCAGUACCAUCGCCAUAAUCUGGUUCUUCUUCACGCAAGAGGUGCUGACACCAUUAUUCCCCAAAAUAGCAGCGUGGCCAAUAUCAGAGUACUUCCUGGUGAGAGACACAAGCCUGAUCCCCAACAUCUUAUGGUUUGAGUACACAGUGACCAGAUCAGAGGCCAGGAACAGACAACGAAAGCUUGGAACAAAACUGCAGUGAUGACACAGUUCUUUUGUGAAACUGAGUUUAGGACCACACGCACGCACGCGCACACACACACACACUCAUAGUCAUUCUCAAACGCAGACAAACACACUGGAGAACCAUCUUUGGACCGACGCGGUUGCAGGGAGUGUUGGGUAGAACGCGUUUACAGGCGGCGGCAGAGUGCCUGGACCCGGCCGGAGCCCACAGCCUGAGCAAGUCCGUCCCAACGCCUUUCCCUCUUGUACAGCUUGCCCAAAAAUGCUCUUCAAUGCAUGCAAGACUGUGCAAGAGGCAUACUAUUUAAUGAUAGAUUAAUAUAUAUAUUUUAACUAUUAAAGCACGCUGACGGUAACCGUUUACUGUGAGAGAUGCAAAAAGGAGGCUUUGGUCCGGGUUUGAAACUAAUUGGUAGGCGUCAUUACAGCAUGUGUUUAGUGAUAGUUUUUUUUUUUUUUUUUUGGUUUUUUUGAUACUCUGACGGAUAGCUGGUUAGAAAGGGUGGUAAUGGCUUUGUUGGCAAUAUGUUGGAAUCAAGCAUCUUUCAUUAUGAUAGAAAAUGAACAAUUUCUACAUGAGAAUUUGCACUUUGUGAAUUUAUCAUUAAAAAAAAAAGACUAACACUAGUUUAAUGUUAAGAACCCCUUCCCCCUCCCUUCCACCCCUUCAUCAGUCUUUGCUCUGUCUCUGACUGCCAGUCCAAGCAUAUCAGACUCCAAAACAGUGUAAAUGUAUCGUCUCUUCUAUAAUAAUCACCAUUUCUGUUCUUAUCCAUGUUUGAGGGUUAUGAAACGGAAUGAGAGCAGCAGGUUUGACUUUUUCUUUUCUAUUUUUUUUUCUUUUUUCUUAGCUCACUUUGGACUGAGAAAGGUGUUUCUUGAUGCCUCACACACAGUAGCAGCCUGGGAACAGAGUUCUGGGGAUCAGUUUUCAUUUUUUAAAAAUUCCAUUUCUUAUCUAUAUUUCUGCUGUUGCAGAGAAGUUUUCUUUUUACCUGCAUCUCUGAGAUAACAUUCCAUAUCCUUUAGUGAGAAAAAAAAAAGACUGCCAGGGGAUGUGUUUUUUUUUGUUUUCCUUUUUAAGAUAAAAAAAAAAAACUAGCCUCAGGUCAGUCGUAGCAUGUGAUUUCUGGUUACUCCUCGCAGCCUACGGUAGCUGGUGUUCAUAGCUGUCCAAUGGCAAUCUGAAGCUAAUUUAAACAAAAAAAAAAAAAAGUCAUAUCAUUAGCUCCACAAAGGGAAGUAGUUCUCUUAGAAAUAAUUUUUUUUCAUGUGUAACCUAUAUCGGGCUGAAUAAAAUGUGUUUAUGUACAACAGA